AAAGAUACAGAUAUAUCAUUGUUAUUUCUGAGUCAAGUUGAACAAUUACGGUAUUUUCAUAUGAUAGUUCUUCAUUGCUAUAUUCUAAAGUGUGGUGUGAAGUGCACACUGUGGACCAAAUAUUAUAUAUUAAUAUCUGUGGACCAAAUCGAUCGAUGAAAAGGAACGUAUGAACGAAUGAAAAUAAUGAAAUUAUAAUGUUACUUUAUGUCAAACAAAACCCAUCAAAAUGUACUUCGCGCGCCGGGAAUACUUCACGUUUUUAGUGAAAUUAUUUUAAAUAAUAUGUACUUUAUCCAGUUUAAAAGUAGUGUUUUACUAAAAUAAUAAUGACUUCAUCAUAUGAUGAUAGUGUUAUGAACUUUGACUUGGGGUUUCUACACCAAACAAAUAAAAAUAGCACGGGUAUCGGCAGAUUAGAAAAGCAGCGUAAAGCAAUUAUAAUAGCUAAACAAAAAACAAUAACUACAGAUGGUCUUAUACGAAAAUAUUAUGAUAAAAAAGAAAUUCUUGAGCAAACAGAGAGAACACUAUUAGCUUCCAAAGAAGAAUGUAAAAAAAUUUGUAUUGACUAUAAAAAUAUUUUGGAAAAAUGUGAAAGAUUGGAAAAUGAGGUACAAGUGAUUCAGCAUUAUAAUCAGCAAUUACAACAAAAGUUAUCCAAUUCAGAGAAUCAAUUUUGUGGUAUUCAGUCUCAUGUAAGGCAGUUAGAGGAGCUAGUCAAAGAACAAGAGACUAAAAUUGAUUCACUUAAAAUCGAAAAUCAUCUAGAAAAGUCAAACAUUAAGAACUUUGCAGCAAGCAAUUCAACACUGCAAAAGCAAAAUGAUGAACUUCUUCAAGACUUGUGCAUUUUGGGAAAAUUCCUUAUCGGAAAUAAAAAACUUAAACCUGUACAUGAGGCAGUUCUUCAAAAGUAUGAAAAAUAUCUUAGGCAUGAUGUUGAUUCCUGUAAUGACUCUGGAAGGGAUGAUACUGACAAUGAAUUGGAUUUGUUUGAUGAUAACUCAACAUCCCCACCAAGUCCACAAAGUCCAGGAAAAUCUAAACACCAAAGUCAAUCGUCAUCGGUGGAUGUGCAAGAAGUUAUUGUUGUGAAUCUUGAUACUACAGGAAGAAAUGAACCAUCCAUAAGUAAACCAAACGAAUUUGAUGGUAACUCAGUUUCAAGUAAUGAAUUAGCUAGUGCAGAUACAGGUCGGGGAUCUUCACUUGCAUUUUCAGACAGUGAAAAAUGUUUCCGUAGCCCUGAUUAUUUGACAAAUGAUAACCAUAGCAGUCCCGAAUCAACAAAUACAAUCAAUGUUAACAGCGUAGGAACUAGUCCAAUGCAUGACUACGCCGAACAUAUUGACGAUGCUACAAGACCAAUUGAUUCUGAAACAUUAACAAUCCCUAUUUUAGCUGAAAAAGGAGACGUUUCUGUGAAUGGAAUAGGAAAUAUUCCAAAUUCAAGUGAAACAUGCACUAGAAAAUCAAUGGUUGAUACAUUUAUUGACAGUGAUCCAAACAACCAACUGUCUUGUCUUCAUAGAGGAUACCUACCGGUAAACAGUAGUAAUCAUGAGAAUGAUGAUAAUAGUCGAGAUUGUGAAGUUGAGUUGAUUUUAAGCGAAAUGCAUUUUAACCAUGAUUUGGUUACGCCAAUACCAAGUAGCCCAUGUAGCAGUCGAAGCACAGUAAGUUCCAAAGUUUCUGGCUGUCAAACUGAUCACAGUGAUUUUGUAAUCUGCUCAGAUGCCGCAAAAUUAAGACAAGAAAACAAAAUUUUACAUGAUAAUAUUGCAGAUUUGGCAAAAGAAAUUGUGAAUAUUAAAAAUAUACUAAAAAUGAAUCCCUCAACAUUCAUAGAAAAUCAUCAAGAAGUCGAAAUUGAGCCAAAUCAUGAAAAAGAAUACAGUGACGAGAUUAUUGAUCCUGAUUCCCGCACUGAAAUAAAUACUGUGGAUAAAAGGCGCGAAAGAUGUAAUGAAAUUGACACCGAAAAUGAUGAUUUAAUUGAUAUUGUUGAUCUUAUUCAAAUAAGUGGUCCUGAAUGUUUGGAAAUACAUGACUUCAGUGAUAAAGAAGGCCAAAAAGCUGUAAAAAAUUGUGAUGAUACCAAUAAUUCUUGUGAACAAACAGGGCUACAAGAAGGUCCAAUAGUAAUCAUGGAAGAACAGGAAAAUGCCCCGGAAGGAAUAAUGAGCAGAUUAGAGUUUGAAGAAGAUACAAUAUUAUCUCCUGUACAGGCUCAAAUAGGUAAUUUAAAUGAUCUGAACUCUAUAUCUGAGGCAAAUGCAGAAGGAGAUUCAAUUGAAAAACUUUUCAAUUCAAAGGGUAUGAUUAAAAGAUUGAGGAAACUAAAUAGUUUAGAAAAACUCAGGAGAAAAAUGGUGCCCAAAUGUAAAAUACGUCGAGAAAAAUCCAUUAAAAGAUCACACAGAAAACAAAUCGGGAGGUCAAUCAGACAAAUAAGAUUACAAGUUUCAAAGAAGAAGAUCACUUCUGCUGAUUCUUCAGCAUCACUAAAUGACAAAACAAUAUAUAAUAAUGCUGUUAGAGUUAUGACUGAGUUGAAAUCAAAACAGGUUGGAGAAUCUGUUAAUAGAACUGUAUUUAAAACAAAAAGGUCACCAAAGCAACAAAUUGAAAAAUCUCUUAAUUUGUCUAAAGUCGAUGAUUCACCUACGCCUGGCAAGAAACAAUUAUCUAAUUUGUUUAAAAUAUCAUAUAAACCCACAGAAAAGCUUUUAGAGAAACCAUUUGAUGUCUCAGAUUUAAUUGCUAAACAGACCCCAAGACCAGUUGUUAAGUCUGUAUUAGCAUCACAGGAGAUACAAAGAUAUAUUCAUAAUGAUGAAAAAAAAACUGAACAAAGUUUAAAGUUAAUGCAGCCAAUAAUUUGUGUUGACAAAUUAUUAGACAAUAAAAAUGUUGAGCAUGAAUUUAAAUGUGUUGAUAAAACUAGUCAUAUAGGAAAUAUGAGGAGUCCUCAGACAUCACCAAGUGUUACUACUCGGAGUCGUAGUAGAAUCGAGGCAACACCUCAAAAGUUGUAUCAUGAAUCAAAUACAGAAGUUGAAUCUACUUUAAAUAAUACUCUUGAUAUUUUGCCAAAAGAAGGUAGGAAACGGCUCAGAUGUGUUGCGUCAGAUGAAAACCAAGAGGUUGAACAUAAAAGGAUUUUACGCAGUUCUACACGACACCCGAAUAGUGACAAUUUUAACACUAAACUUAUUAAUAAUGCAAUGAAUAUCGAUAACAAAAGACAGGCGAAUUCCCAAAAAGGAAAUAUGACUUCUAAGAACGAGGACAAUGUCCCGCUUAUUGAUCUUAUACACAAAAAGUCAGAUCAUACUUCAUCAAUAAGUUAUGAUGACCUGGAUAUGUUUGAUGAAGGGGUUCCUAAGAGAGCAAAUAAUUGUGCUGGUGCCACUGAAGCCGCACACAAACGUCCAAAAGAUAGUAUUUUGUGUAGCAUGCUCAAUAAGUACAGUUUAUGCAAAUUAAACUUUUACCCUAAGAAAAUACCAGAUGGUAUUACCAACACAAUUUAUAAGUUGCUUGAUGAUAGUAUUAAACAUAUAAAUGAAUUACCGCCAGACGAGACUAAAACAGGAAUGGACGACUUAGUAGAGAAUUUGCAGUCCUGGAAUGUUAAACAAUUUUUGUCAGGUUUUAUGAAAUAUUUACAAGAACCUCAAAGAAAAGUGGAGUUAUAUUCCAAAGUAAACUCGCCACCAGCACCUCCUAUGACAAAAACAGAGCAAAUUCUUAUUUAUAUUAUUCUGCAACUAAAAGAAAUUUGGUCCACUGUUGAUGUUGUGAAUUAUAUUUUAAACAGUAUUGAGUUUAUAAUGUUCAAGCUAAAUCGUACACCUGAAUUCGAUACUAUUGAGAGUAUGUCUCAUUUCUAUGCAAUACUGUGCAGAUACUUCAAAAUGAAGACACGACUGAGACUAUUUAUGUUGGAUGCUAUGUAUUGUAUGCAAUAUAAAGCUAUUACGCUGAUAAGGCAAUGUAUGGAUGUUUGGAUGCAUAUACUACCAUUAGCUCAUAUGGGAAUUGCCAAGAACCCUUUGGUUACGUGCGUGGUAUAUCUAUUGCAUUUUUAUAAAUGUGAGGAUCAUUUUAACAGAGUCCAAGAUAUAAGAAACAUUCUUUACCGUAAAUACUCAUAUCAAAUGUCAGAAUGGAAUGAAGCGAAAAUUUUAGAGAUGUUUAGAAGUGCUAUCUAUGAACUAAGAGAUAUUCCUGUUGAAAAGAAAAUGUUAAGACUAUCACUGGUUAUAAUCGCAAAGCGUCAAGGCGCACGGUGGUGUCAGAAAAAUAUUAUUACUAAUUUGCUUCAACCAAUCAUAGAGAAAAAGAAUUCUCCUUCUGUUGCUAAGCAAUUUUGUAUUUCGAUGCUUGGACCUUUGUUGAAGCCAUUCCCAGCCGAUAUGAAAGUUCAUUGUGAAAUAGUCAUGAACUUAUUGAUAGAUAUGACAAAACAGAAAUCUUCGCAGUCAAUGGAAGAAGCGAUAUUUACAAGUCUUAUAUACAUGAGUAAACACAAUCACUAUCGUGUGAUCAGUGCCCUGUUAUCGUGGCAUCCAAAAAAGAUAUCGCAGGAGUGCCACGAAAUUUUGCGAGACUUCGUGAGAGAUAAGCCAGCGAAUGCUUGGAAAGCAAUUUUAUCCAAAGUAAAUUUAAAUCGCGAUACGAAAUAUAGGACUGAUGACAGUGACUUACCAUUGAAGGUGUAAGUUAUUUACACUAAAUAUAUGAAAUAAAAAUGAACCAUGAGCAAAUAUUUAAUGAUGGUCAGCCAUAUUGUCGGAAAAAUCUAUAGCAACGCCCGUAACACAGUAUCAUCGUCACAUUUUGACCGACUUCACAUAACUAUUCAACUCAUAAGUUUAAUAAUAAGAUUAGAUUCAAUGCAAAUUUUUUGCAAUAAGUAAAAUAUGUUAAGUAUUUAGUGUUUUACGUGUAAGACAUAUUUGUAAGUAAUUAAGUGCGCCAUAACUAAGCGCAAUGGAAACUGUGAUUAAAACUAAUAUAGCAAUG